GAAAAAAGUGAUUAAAUGAGAACGGCGCGCCACUUUGUGAAGUCGAAAUCUGCCAUGGCAAAUUGUUGUUCACUGGCAUUCACUAAAUUUUCGUUUUUCGGUCGAAGUACACACGUGUUAAAACGGUUGCAGUUGACGUCGGCAUAUCAAAAGUUCGCUAUAAUAAAUCCUGAAAAUUACUCACAGUCUUUUCAGAAGCGUUUAAUUUCACAUUCUAUAGCAUUAUCUCAAGUUUCGAAACAGAUCAAAGAGAACAAGAACAGCUAUAAAAUGUCGGAAUAUACAAUCAUCGAAAAAGGAGCACCUAACUCAACUAAUUACAGCAUCUACAUAAAAAAUUCGGCUGGAACUAUCGUUUCGCCCUUGCACGACAUUCCAUUGUAUGCCAAUGACACGAAAACCAUCCUUAACAUGGUUGUGGAAAUUCCUAGAUGGACAAACGCAAAAAUGGAGAUUAGCACAAAGACCCCACUGAAUCCCAUUAAACAGGAUGUUAAGAAGGGUAAACUGCGCUUUGUAGCUAACUGUUUCCCACACAAAGGUUACAUUUGGAACUAUGGCGCAUUCCCACAAACAUGGGAGAAUCCUGGACAUAUCGAGCCAUCCACCGGCUGUAAAGGUGAUAAUGACCCAAUUGAUGUUUUGGAAAUUGGUUAUCGUGUUGCAAAACGUGGUGAAGUAAUACAAGUUAAGGUAUUGGGUACAGUUGCGUUGAUUGAUGAAGGUGAAACCGAUUGGAAAAUUAUUACUAUUGAUGUCAAUGAUCCAUUGGCUGAAAAAAUGAAUGAUAUCGGCGACGUUGAUAAAUAUUUCCCAGGUCUAUUGCGCGCCACUGUCGAGUGGUUCAAAAUCUACAAAAUUCCGGAUGGCAAGCCCGAAAAUAAGUUCGCUUUCAAUGGAGAUGCCAAAUGCGCUGCUUUUGCCAACAAUAUCAUUGAGGAAACAAACAAGUUUUGGCAAGGUUUAAUUACAAAGGAAUUGGACGGUGGCGAAAUUUCAAUCACUAAUACAUCAAACAGUGAUACACCUGGAUACAUUAAACUUGAAGAAGCUGAACAAAUUGUUUCGUCAGCACCUGAAGGUGGUGAGCCCGAAGAAUUGUCGGAUACAGUUGAUAGAUGGCAUUUUGUACAUUUGAAGUAAGGCAAAAAUUCUGUGAUACAGUGACACACUGGCCUUACAAACAACGCUGGCGUCGGGCUAUAUAUUUUCCAUUCAAUAAAAUAAAAGUGUAACUAUUCGUAAAUAUGCUAUACACAUUACCAAUAAACUUAUAUAUGUGUGGGCAUACAUAAAAA